AUGUCAAGCGAUCAGCGAAUCCGCUUCGACGGACCCUCGACCACUGGGCUCCCCGCCUCGGGGGAACACCCCCUACAUGAUGAAACCCACGCCGAACGCCUCGCAGUAGUGUCAGAACGCUACUGGCAACUGUUCAAUGACCCAGGCUUGUCGCCUCCCGACGAUGCACCCGCCGGCCCGUUGCAAGUGUCACCCGAGGCCUUUCAUGACCUCGCCCACCAGGUCCGAGCCCUGACAAGCAUGGUGCAGACUAUCGUCCCGAUCGUCUCCCAACGGACCCCUCCACAUGCGACCCGACCUUCGCAGCAACGGGAGACCCCUGUCCGGACUCACGCACCACUUCCAGAGCUUCCUGUCUCGCCUCGAAACCCCACAACUCGGCCCGGGAGCCGGGAAGCAGAGGACACGGCGAGCCGCCCCGAGCCCGAGGCUCCGACCGCCGACUCGACGAAUGCCUUGCGAGCUCAGCUGCGCCUCGUCAGUCAAAAACUGGACGAGGUACAACAGGAAGUUCGCAAGUCAAAAGGAGAGCUCGGGGCGGACGGACACCAAGGAUCCCCGUUCACCCCCGAGAUACAAGAGCAGGCGAUCCCGCCACACUUCCGCCUCCCCUCGCUGGACGCGUAUGACGGCGCCGCUGACCCAGCGGACCACGUGGCCGCUUUCCGCGCCCAGAUGGCGCUGUACGGGACUUCUGACGCUUUAAUGUGCAGGGCAUUCCCGACGACUCUGUGGGGGCCAGCCCGCGCGUGGUACAGCGGCCUGAAGCCCGGGACUGUCGCCUCCUUCGAUCAGCUCGCCAAGGAUUUCGAGCUUAACUUCUUGGCCUACGCCCGACCGAAGCCGUCCAUGGCGCUGCUCCUCGGGCUCAACCAGAAGGAGGACAAGCCCCUCUCCCAUUUUGUGAACCGCUUUACGACGCAGAUCCGCGGAUUAUCGGAUGCUCACCCCUCUCUCUUGAUGCGGGCAUUCAUGACAGGCCUGUGGCCCUCCAGGUUCUUCUGGUCGCUCGUGGAGCGGCCCCCCGCCGCGGUCCCCGAAAUGCUCCAGCGUGCCAGUCAAUUCGUCGCCGCCAGACUUGGAUGGCUGGGAAACGGGAGGAUCACAAAAAGGUCAAGUCAGAGCCGCCCCGACAGCUACAACCCGCCACCUCCUGGCGGAGGAUAG